AUGAAGGGGUCAAGCCGCAAACCCGCGAACAUCUGGCGAUCUGCCGCCUGCUGGGUAUCCCCCGGUGGGGUCGUCGCCCUGACCAAGCGCGAUCUGGUAGACGACGACCUGCUGGAGCUCGCCCAGCUCGAGGUCGAAGAGCUGCUCGCCGACACCGCCUUUGCCGGCGCCCCGGUGAUGCCGGUGUCGAGCACUACGGGCGAGGGCCUCGAAGAGCUCCGUAGUGCUGUGCUCGAGCGGGCUCGCGGUGCGGUGCGGGAGGAAGAUCCGCAGCUGCCCUUGCGACUGCCGGUGGACCGGGCCUUUCAUCUCCGCGGUCUCGGCGUGGUGGCCACCGGCACGCUGAUCAGCGGUGGUCUGGAGGCUGGCCAGGCGGUGGCGUUCAUGGCACCGCCCGAGACCAGGGCCGAGGCCGGCGAGCGUACCGCCGUGCAACUGGCCGGGAUCGAUCUCCAGCAGGUCGAACGCGGCGUUCAGCUGUCGACCCCGGGAGCGCUCGAAUCGAGCCGUACUUUGUGCGCUCGGUUUACCCUGCUCGAGGAUGCGCCGGAAGCGAUCACCUCGUUCGUGCCGGUGCGAUUGCACCUCUACUCCUCGGAGGUGAUCGGCAAGCUGCGUCCGCUGGGCGGCCAAGCUCUGGAGCCGGGUGGCGAGGCCUUGGUGGAAAUCCGCCUGGCAGAGCUGAUUACCGCGGUGCGCGGCGACCGUUUCGUGGUGCGACGGCCGUCGCCAGCGGCCACCCUGGGCGGUGGCGAGAUCCUCGAUCCGCGUUGGCGCCGGCGCCGUGGCGCGGGUCUUCAAGUAGCGCUCGGCGUCCUCGAAGAUCUGUCCAAGGUUGUUCGCCUGUGGGUUGCGGAAGGUGCUGAACGGGGUGCUGCCGCGACCGCGGUGAGCCGUCGGCUGGGCUGGCCAGUCGAUCGCGCGACCGACCUCCUCGAUCAGCAGGUCAAGGCCGGUCACUUGCUGAAGCUAGACACCGGCCGCGGUCGUCGCUGGCUCGAACCCGGGGUCUUCCAACGCAUCUCCGACCAUGCCGGGCAGGUACUGAAGGAUUACUUUGCAGCCGAUCGACUGGCCCGGAGCAUGCCCAAAGCCGAGCUACUGUCGCGUCUGCUGCCCAAGCGCGCCCACGAGGUGGCCGAUGUCUACUUGCGUUGGCUGGAAGCGCAGCAGGUGUUGGAAGUCCGCGGCGGACAGGUCAAUCUGCCAGGACGCGAAGCCAAGCUGAGCGGCGAAGAGUCUCGGUUGGCGGAAAGCCUGCUCGCCAAGGUCGAGGCCGCCGGGCUGACCCCUCCGCUGCCCGACCAACUCGACACCGAGCUCGGUGCCAAGCGGCAGAUCGUCGCCGGGGUGGUCAAGUACUUGCUCGACGGUGGUCAACUGGUGCGCUUGCCCUCGGGGUUGAUGCUGGCCAAGACGGCGAUCGACGGCCUGCGCCGCGAUCUCGACGCGAGUGGCUUGGAAGAGAUCACCGUCGCCCAGUUCAAAGAACGCUUCGGCCUGAGCCGCAAGUGGGCGAUUCCGCUGCUCGAGCACCUCGACUCGAUUGGUGCUACCCGGCGAAUGGGCGACAAGCGUCAGCUAAUCCGCGGCUGA